AUGUGGGGAUUUAUAGAACAUUUAAGAACAAAGGCAGGAGGACUGAUUGAUUUGUCAAGUGGUAUUCUGUGUUGUGCUGCCUUCGGAGGUUUAUUACUAAUAUUUCGCAAGUAUAUUCCACAUCCGUCUGAAUUCUUUCCUUUUAGUUGGUUUUUUUUAAAAUUUGGUAUACAUAAACAUGAAAAUUUUAAUUUAUUAUUGGACAUUCUCGAAGGAGGUGAUAUUCCAGAACCAGGAAAAUAUUCAAUAAGAAUUAAGUGCGGUAGAGAAGUUGAUGAUUCAUCUAUAACUACUUGCUCUGAAGAUGUUAAUAAGAUGGCUAAUAACCUUAAAAAGUCGUUUAAGUGUUGUUGGAAAGAAAAAUGUAUUAUUUUUGUGAGGCAAAGAGAAAAUUACUUAUUCAUUGAAUUAAUCAGCCAUGGUACUUUUACAAGUUCAGUAGUUGGAGAAUGCAGAAUUAGCAUUAUGGAUAUUAUUGAUGCAAAGUUUCCAAAGAAAGUAACAUAUAGUAUUCAAAAAGAUAGAAAAGUGGCCGCAAAACUACUAUUAUCUUUUUAUAGGAUUUCUGCAAAUAUUAUAGUUGAUGAUACAAAUCCAGUUCUUUUUCAAGCAAUGAUUAAUUUACAAACGGAUGCGGACAUUUCGGGUAAUAAAUCAAUUUAUGCAGAUUUUGAUAAAAUGUCAGAAAAGGAACAAUUGGUAUUUUUUUCUAAAGCAUUGCAGGGAAAUUUAUAUUAUUUGGAAAAUGGGAACAAAGAUAAAUUGAGAAUGUUUUAUUUCAGAGCAGUGGAGGUUACUUUUAAUAGAUGGGAAUGGUGUUAUUGGGCAAGUGAAGGAGAUUAUCUAAAAGGAAGUAGCAGAUUAGGAGGAUAUCCAUUUCUUGCUAUGAGCGUGGUAAUUCCAGAUAAAACUGAUAGAGAUCAAAUAUAUAUUAAGUACCAUGAUCUAUAUGGAAUUCACGAUCUUUUCUUUAAAACAAUAGAAAUUGAUAGGGAUGUAUGGUCUGAAGCAAUCUAUGAAUUUAUUGAGAGACUCAGAUCAUAUCUUGACCAUAUAAAAGACGGCGCAAUAAAUAUUGAACAAUCAAAUAUUAAUUUUGAAAACGCUAAUCCUUCAAAUUCACAACCAGAACAGACAUUCGUUGUAGAAGUUACUUCUAGCAGUGAGCAUUCACCAAGCUGCACUCAAGGUGAUGCAAUCAACGACGAAGGUGACAAAAAGGAAACGAAGAAGAAUGAAUCUAUAAAGAGGAACGCGAAAACAGUCAAAAUGUACAUAAGAAACGACGCCGAAGAGGAGAUCAAGCGCAAAAAUUCGCCAAGCUCAAUAAAAAGAAUGAAAAUGGAAGUAAAUCCACUAAUAUAUGAAAAAGAACCACUAAUCUAA